GUGGCCGCGGCGGGGAUCGCCUUGGCACUUUGCGGGGGCGGGCAGAUCGAGCUGCUCGUUGCCGCCCUGGCCUUUCUCAGGACGGCCUGGGCAGCCUCGCGGGAGGGCAUCCCGGCUCCGAGGGCCACCCGGACGGGGAAGAAGUGCGUGGAGGUGCCAACGCAGCAGCGCGGCCAGCUGCUGCCAAGGAUCCGAGUGGCGGCUGCCGCCGAGGGCUCGGCCGAGUACAAGAUCCAUGCGCAGCAGGAUCCCAAGGGGGCGCAGGCCCAGCACCGCUGCGGUCCUUCGCUGGCAGGAGACGCCGCUGCGGUCGUGCUGCGCGACGGUGCCCCGAAGCUCAGCCGAGGGCACCCCGCCUGCCAGAAGUACGUCAAGCUGAUCAUGGACCUCGGCCGGGCGAAGCAGUGCGAGCAGGCUUUGGAGCUGCUCACGGAGAUGCGGCAGAAAUCCAUCGAGCCCAACGUGGCAGUAUACACCGCGCUGAUCAGCGCCUGCGACAAGGGCAAGCAGCCCGAGAGGGCACUCGAGCUCUUCGACGAGAUGGUGCGGGAGGGCGUGGAGCCUACCGUGGUCACGUACAACGCGCUUAUCAGCGCAUGCGGCAACGGGCAGAUGCCCGAGAAGGCCCUGGAGAAGUGCGUGGAGAUGCAGGGGAGAGGCUUCGCCCCCAACGUCGUCACCUACACGUCGCUGAUCCGCGCGUGCGGACAGAGCAGGCACCCGGAGCGCGCUUGGCAGGUCUACGACGCCAUGAAGGAGGCUGGCGAGAAGCCUAACGUCAUUACCUUCACCUCCUUGAUGCAGGCAGCCGAGAGGUGCGCGGACCCGGAGAGGGCCCUCCGCAUUUUCGUCGAGAUGGAGGAGGCGGGCAUCGCGUCCUCCGCGUUCGCGCACGCCUCGCUGACGGGCUGCUGGAGGGGCCUGCCCGCGUCCCGCGCGCUGGAGGCGAUCCGCCGCAUGGAGGCCGAGGGCUUGCCGCCCAGCAAGUUCGCGAGCUCCACGGUCGCGAGCGUCUGCGACCAGGGCGCCUCCGGCGGGAGGGCCGCCGCGGCCGCAGGGGCCGCCGCCGGCGGGGGCGACGCACACGAGCCCGCGGGUAAGGACCGG